AUGGCGGCGGGCGCGCGGGACGAGCACGCCUUCCGCAGCCAGUUCGCGGCCGAGCUCGAGGUGCUGGCCGAGCUGGAAGGCCCGGCCGCCUCGCCCCCCGCCGGGGUCCCCGGGACCGCGGGGCGCCCGACCCGCGCGGGGCCGCUCGCCGGAGGGGACGCCGCCGCGCCCCGCGCCCUCCAGGGCGGCCUCCCCGGGGGUCGCCAGGACGCGGCCGGCAAGAGGCCACCGGCGCCCGAGGACCCGGGGGUCGGCGCGCUGCUGUCCACUCCCAGGAUUAAGCGGCCCAGGCUCGAGGUCGUCAGGGAACUGAGCUUCGAGCCCGACGAGAUGGACGAGCCUCCCUUUCCUGACGCCUCCUCUCCGGACAUCACCCCCCCGGGGAGCCCUGAGGUCCCGGCGGAGCCGUGGGGCGAGGGGGCCCCGCGAGCUGGUGCUGACCGGGGUCUCCCGAGGGCCUCGCCAGCCGCCCGCAACCCCGUCCUGAGGAGGCCGCCGGUCCUGGAGGACUACAUCAACGUGACCUCCACGGACGGCGCCAGGGCCUUCCUGCUGCUGCGGGCCGACCCCGUGGGCACCGGGGUGCAGACCCCGUUCCCUGCCGUGCGAUGGCGUGGUUGUGGUCAGUUGGAUCUGCUGGGCGUGUCCUUUGCCUCCCUGAAGGAGCAGGUGGACAGCGAGCGCCGGCAGCGGCAGGUGGAGGAGCUGGAGGACCAGCCGGGCAGCCCAGAGGAGGAGCCAGAGACCCCUGGGGAGGAGCCAGCGCCAGGCCGGGACUCCCCUCAGCACUGGCUGUGGGUGGACGAGUUUGCGCCCCGUCGUUACGCCGAGCUGCUCAGUGACGACUUCACCAACCGCUGCCUUCUCAAGUGGCUGAAGCUGUGGGACCCGGUGGUGUUCGGCCGAGAGAGGCCUGCUCGGAGGCCCCGGCCCAGCUCGGAGCCUGUCCGGGCAGCCAAGGAGGCCCCGGCCGCCGGCAAGUGGAGAAGCCGAGAGCAGGUGCUGGAGGAGAUGCUAGAAGCCGAGCUGGACGCGAGCCAGCGGCCCCGGCAGAAGGUGGCGCUGCUGUGCGGGCCCCCGGGUCUGGGCAAGACCACGCUGGCACACGUGAUCGCCUGGCACGCGGGUUACUGCGUGGUGGAGGUGAACGCCAGCGAUGACCGCAGCCCCGAGGCCUUCCGCACCCGCAUCGAGGCGGCCACGCAGAUGGAGUCGGUGCUGGGCGCCGGCGGGAGGCCCAACUGCCUGCUCCUGGAUGAGAUCGACGGGGCCCCCACGGCGGCCAUCAACGUUCUCCUGAGCAUCCUGGACCGCAAAGGCCCGCAGGAGACAGAGCCAGGAGGCCCAGCCGCGCCCUCGGGAGGGGGACGGCGCCGCCGGGCCGAGGGGCGCCUCCUGACACGGCCCAUCAUCUGCAUCUGCAAUGACCAGUUCGCGCCGUCUCUGCGGCAGCUGAAGCAGCAGGCGUUCCUGCUCCACUUCCCGCCCACCCUGCCCUCGCGGCUCGUGCAGCGGCUUCAGGAGAUCUCCCUGCGGCAGGGCAUGCGGGCCGACCCGGGCGCGCUGGCCGCCCUCUGCGAGAAGGCGGACAACGACAUCCGCGCCUGCAUCAACACCCUGCAGUUCCUGCACAGGCGGGGCCGGCGGGACCUCAGCGUGCAGGCCGUGCAGGCGACACACGUGGGCCUCAAGGAUCAGCGCAAGGGGCUUUUCUCGGUGUGGCAGGAGGUCUUCCAGCUGCCCCGAGCCCAGAGGCGCCAGGAUGCGGCCCCGCCCGCCCACGCGCUCCUGCUGGAGGAUGGCCCCCCGGGCGUGGGGCCCCACGGCGCCCAGCCACCCCUGCCCAUGGCCUCACAGCGGUUCCUCCAUGUCCUGCAUGUGGCCACCUCUGCGGGCGAGCACGAGAAGGUGGUCCAGGGCCUGUUUGACAACUUCCUGCGGCUGCGCCUGCGGGAGUCCAGCCUGGGCGCCGUGUGCGCCGCCCUGGACUGGCUGGCGUUCGACGACCUGCUGCAGCGGGCAGCCCUCCAGGCCCAGCGCUUCCAGCUGCUGCGCUACCUGCCCUUCCUGCCCGCCGCCUUCCAUGUGCUCUUCGCCACCAGCCGUGUGCCGAGGCUCGCCUUCCCCAGCAGCCAGCAGGAGGCCCAGAACCGGAUGAGCAAGACACAGAACCUCAUCCAGACGCUGGUGUCGGGUAUGGCGCCGGCCACCCGGAGCCGGGCUGCACCCCAGGCCCUGGUGCUGGACGCCCUCUGCCUGCUGCUGGACAUCCUGGCACCUAAGCUGCGCCCCGUGAGCACGCAGCUGUACAGCACCCGCGAGAAGGAGCAGCUGGCUGGUCUCGUGGGCACCAUGCUGGCCUACAGCCUGACCUACCGCCAGGAGCGCACAGCUGACGGCCAGUAUCUCUACAGGCUGGAGCCGGACGUGGAGGAGGUCUGCCGCUUCCCCGAGCUGCCCGCCCGCAAGCCCCUCACCUACCAGGCCAAGCAGCUCAUCGCGCGCGAGAUCGAGGUGGAGAAGAUGCGGCGGGCGGAGGCCUUGGCCGGGAGUGGGCACCGGCCCCAGGUGGUCGGGGGUCCCCCGGGAGCCGAGGAUCCGCCCCCCGCGCGGCGCGGCCAGGAGCGGCGGCGGGAGCGCGGCCCGCAGAGGGCGGCCCUGGAGGAGCAGCCCGAGAGGGACUUCUUCGGACGCGCGGUGGUCAGGAGCGCGGCGGCGCCGGGCGCAGACGACGCGGCCCCCGAGCCCGAGCCCGAGGCGGCGGCGCGGCGCGUGGGCACCGCCGUGGGCAGCAGCGACGUCUGGUUCCGCUUCAAGGAGGGCGUGUCCAACGCCGUGCGGCGCGGCCUGCGCAUCCGGGACCUGCUGUAG